AUGGUGGUCGACACGCUGGUGGAAGACGAGUUGCUACCGGACACGGUCAUGCCCCCGGCCGAUGACGUCAUCAUAGAACCUCCGCCGGACAGAGUGCCACCUCCUGAUGACACAGUGGCUGGUCCCCCGCCGGAAAGUAUCGCGACGCCUCCUGAUGACAUCAUGGCUGUUCCCCCACCAGACACCAUCGCGGCACCUCCUGAUGACACCGUGGCUGCUCCCCCACCGGACACUAUCACGCCUCCUCCUGAUGGCGCCGUGACGCCUGCUGAUGGCGCCGUGACGCCUGCUGAUGGCGCCGUGACGCCUGCUGAUGGCGCCGUGACGCCUGCUGAUGGCGCCGUGACGCCUGCUGAUGGCGCCGUGCCGGCUGCUGAUGGCGCCGUGCCGGCUGCUGAUGGCGCCGUGACGCCUGCUGAUGGCGCCGUGACGCCUGCUGAUGGCGCCGUGACGCCUGCUGAUGGCGCCGUGACGCCUGCUGAUGGCGCCGUGACGCCUGCUGAUGGCGCCGUGACGCCUGCUGAUGGCGCCGUGUCGGCAGCUGAUGGCGCCGUACCUCCAGCUGAUGGCGCCGUGCCUCCUGCUGAUGGCGCCGUGCCUCCUGCUGAUGGCGCCGUGCCUCCUGCUGAUGGCGCCGUGCCUCCUGCUGAUGGCGCCGUGCCGGCUGCUGAUGGCGCCGUGCCUCCUGCUGAUGGCGCAGUGCCGGCUGCUGAUGGCGCCGUGCCUCCUGUUGAUGGCGCCGUGACGCCUGUUGAUGGCGCCGUGACGCCUGCUGAUGGCGCCGUGACGCCUGCUGAUGGCGCCGUGACGGCAGCUGAUGGCGCCGUGCCUCCUGCUGAUGGCGCAGUGACGGCAGCUGAUGGCGCCGUGCCUCCUGCUGAUGGCGCCGUGCCUCCUGCUGAUGGCGCCGUGACGCCUGCUGAUGGCGCCGUGACGCCUGCUGAUGGCGCCGUGACGCCUGCUGAUGGCGCCGUGACGGCAGCUGAUGGCGCCGUGCCUCCUGCUGAUGGCGCAGUGCCGGCUGCUGAUGGUGCCGUGACGCCUGCUGAUGGCGCCGUGACGCCUGCUGAUGGCGCAGUGCCGGCUGCUGAUGGCGCCGUGACGCCUGCUGAUGGCGCCGUGCCGGCAGCUGAUACCGCCGUGCCGGCAGCUGAUACCGCCGUGCCUCCUGCUGAUGGCGCCGUGCCUCCUGCUGAUGGCGCCGUGCCUCCUGCUGAUGGCGCAGUGCCGGCUGUUGAUGGCGCCGUGCCUCCUGCUGAUGGCGCCGUGCCGGCUGCUGACGGCGCCGUGCCGGCUGCUGACGGCGCCGUGCCUCCUCCUGACGGCGCCGUGCCUCCUCCUGACGGCGCCGUGCCUCCUCCUGACGGCGCCGUGCCUCCUCCUGACGGCGCCGUGCCUCCUCCUGACGGCGCCGUGCCUCCUCCUGACGGCACCGUGCCGCCUCCUGAUGGCGCUGUGGCUGGUCCACCGCCGGACACCAUUGCGGGGCUUCCUGAUGACAUCAUGGCUGGUCCCCCGCCGGACACCAUCCCGGCGCCUCCUGAUGACAUCAUGGCUGCCCCGCCCCCAGAACUGCUGGAGGUAGAGCUAGUGGAAUGCAUCAACAUGGAACUUCCUCCCGUCCCCACUCCUCCUGCCGAGGAUUUCACCUCCAACACAGUGGUCCUGGUCACAACAGCCUUACCUGAGUACAUAGACAAACGUGUUAAUAAGAAUUUUAAAACAUUUACAUAUGAAGCAAUAGUCCGCCCCAGUGGACGCGUCAUAUUACCCCUAAAAACACACAAAUGGUUCCAAUGA